UGCUCCCGCCCGCACGUGACUUGCUCUGUGGGCGCUGGGGUCGAGGAAGUCGAGAGGCCGGAGCUUAGGUCCUGGAGGGAUGGAGCGCUGAGCCGUUAACGUCUGUCAGGCUGCUUGCCUCUGCACCUGCUCCUGCUGCUGCUUCCUCGUUUGACACCUUCCUGGCCUCUCUCCAUUUCCUAAGAAGUACCUGGUAGAAAACAUGACUGAGUUCUGGCUUAUAUCUGCUCCUGGGGAGAAAACUUGUCAGCAAACAUGGGAGAAACUGCAUGCUGCAACUACGAAGAACAAUAAUCUUGCUGUCACUUCCAAGUUCAACAUUCCUGAUUUAAAGGUUGGCACUCUGGAUGUCUUGGUUGGCUUGUCGGAUGAACUGGCUAAACUGGAUGCAUUUGUAGAAGGAGUGGUUAAGAAAGUGGCUCAAUACAUGGCUGAUGUAUUAGAGGAUAGUAAAGAUAAAGUUCAGGAGAAUCUGUUGGCCAAUGGAGUUGACUUGGUGACUUACAUCACAAGAUUUCAGUGGGACAUGGCCAAAUAUCCAAUCAAGCAGUCUCUGAAAAAUAUUUCUGAAAUAAUUGGCAAGGGAGUAACUCAGAUCGAUAAUGACCUGAAAUCUCGAGCUUCUGCAUACAACAACCUGAAAGGGAAUCUUCAAAAUUUGGAGCGAAAGAAUGCAGGAAGUUUGCUAACUCGAAGUCUGGCAGAAAUUGUGAAGAAGGAUGACUUUGUUCUUGAUUCAGAGUAUCUUGUCACAUUACUGGUAGUAGUUCCCAAGUUAAACCACAAUGACUGGAUUAAGCAGUAUGAAACUCUAGCUGAAAUGGUUGUUCCAAGAUCUAGCAAUGUUCUCUCAGAGGACCAAGACAGUUACCUUUGUAAUGUCACCUUGUUUAGGAAGGCAGUUGAUGAUUUCAGACACAAAGCCAGGGAAAACAAAUUCAUUGUUCGUGACUUUCAAUAUAAUGAAGAAGAAAUGAAAGCCGAUAAAGAAGAAAUGAACAGGCUUUCUACUGACAAAAAGAAGCAAUUUGGACCACUUGUGCGAUGGCUGAAAGUAAAUUUCAGCGAGGCAUUCAUUGCAUGGAUUCAUGUGAAAGCCUUAAGGGUUUUUGUUGAAUCUGUUUUAAGGUAUGGCUUGCCAGUGAACUUCCAAGCAAUGCUACUUCAGCCUAAUAAGAAAACAAUGAAGAAACUGAGAGAAGUAUUAUAUGAAUUGUAUAAACAUCUAGACAGCAGUGCAGCAGCUAUUAUUGAUGCUCCUAUGGACAUACCUGGCUUGAACCUGAGUCAACAAGAAUAUUACCCCUACGUGUACUAUAAGAUCGACUGCAACUUACUGGAAUUCAAGUAAAGAUGAGCUCCUCCCCAGACAAUCCUGCCCUUGUGUUGGUGUAUGCUAACAGACAGGUUGCAGUAUGACAGUACUUUUUACCCUCUUAGCCUUUGCUUGCUCCUUACCCCCUCCCUUGGUGAGUUCUCCCACAGUGGUCCAUAGCUCAAUGUUUUCUUUUUAAA